UACCGCACUCGGUUUCAGACAGUUCGAUGCUGCACUGAGUGGCCCGAAUGACAUCCACGUGAGCUCGCUCCCCACCGUCUCCCGCCGCAGCUCUCCUCUCAACAAUGGAGCCUCGGCGACCGCGGAUCCUCCUCUGCGGCGACGUGCUCGGCCGCCUCAACCUCCUCUUCAAGCGCGUUCAUUUGUUUAGGAAGUCCAUGGACCCCUUCGAUGCCCUCCUCUGCGUUGGCCAGUUCUUCCCCGACUCCGACGAUGGGAUCGACGAAGUGGCCGACUACUUCGAGGGCCGCUCCGCCGUCUCUAUCCCCACUUACUUCAUCGGCGACUACGGCGUCGGUGCCAUCCGCUUUCUGUCCGCCGCCUCGAAGCCACUCGCCGCUCGUGGAUUUAAGACGGAUGGAUUGGAGGUCUGCCCCAAUCUUUUCUGGCUGAAGGGGAGCGGCAAAUUUUCCCUCCUUGGGUUGUCGGUUGUGUAUUUGUCUGGCAAGCAGCCUUCCGAGGAUGAUGGGAGAGGGCGAUAUAGUGAAGAUGACGUAGGUGCAUUGCGGGCUCUGGCAGAAGAAGAUGGAAUUGUUGAUUUGUUUUUGACUAAUGAAUGGCCAAGUGGUGUUUCCACUGGAGCUGACACAUCCAAUGCUCCCUCGGAAGUUACUGACCUGUCAGGUACCGAUCCUGUCAUAUCAGAGUUGGCCAAAGAAAUUAUGCCAAGGUAUCACAUCGCAGGCACUAAAGGUGUAUUUUAUGAGCGUGAACCCUACUCCAAUGAUAAGUCUGCACAUUUUACACGUUUUUUGGGGCUAGCUUCUGUUGGUAACAAAAAUAAACAGAAAUUUAUUCAUGGAAUAACUCCGAUUCCGGCAUCUAUAAUGUCACCUUCUGAGAUAAGUGCUAGACCACCAAACAUGACCAUGUCACCAUACAUGCAUGUAGAGCCUGCAAGCCAUGCAAGUGAAUCUUUGAAGAGACCUGAUUAUCCUGAUUCACAAUAUUGGCGCUAUGACACUUCACAAAAGAGGCAGAGAAAAGGAGGGAGCAAUGGUGAAAAAUUGUGCUUCAAAUUCACUUCUAGUGGAUCUUGUUCUCAAGGCAUGACAUGCAACUUUAGACAUGAUGAGGAAUCUAGAGAGCAUUAUUUGAGAAAUGUUUGUUUUGAUUUUCUCAACAAGGGAAAGUGUGAACGUGGGCCUGACUGCAAGUUUGGUCAUAGUCUUACUGAAGAAGGCGCUAGUGUCUCACAAAAUAUGCAACCCCAUAGUGGUCAAGGUGGGAGGGAGAGAACUUGUUGGUUCUGCUUAUCAAGCCCAAACGUGGAAAUGCAUCUUGUAUUAAGCAUCAGAGAAAGUUACUAUUGCGCACUCGCUAAGGGUCCUCUUGUUCCAAAUCAUGUACUUCUUGUGUCGAUUGAGCACUGCCCUAAUACGCUUACAAUGCCUUCAGAUACAGAGGCAGAGCUCGAAAAGUACAAGAGAACACUCUGUAAAUAUUUUAAUAAGCAGGCUAAGGCUGUUGUCUUCUUUGAGUGGGUAUCCCCACAGAGUCCUCAUGCUAAUCUUCAGGUCAUUCCUAUACCGUUGUCUCAAGCAUCUAAUGUCAAGCGAAUAUUUAAGUUAGCAUCUAAGAAGUUGGGAUUUGAAUUUGAAGCGCUGAAGCUCGACACUAGCUAUUGUGAAGGUAGAAAACAGUUGAGAUCCCAAUUCCACAGCAAUUCAUGCAUGUUCUAUGUGGAACUCCCUGAUUGUUCAACUCUGUUUCAUGUUGUUGAUGACAAGAAGUUUCCUGUUCAAUUUGGACGUGAGUGUUGCAGGUGAUGUCAGGCAUGUUAAAUAUGGCAGAUCGAGCUGAUUGGAGAAAUUGUAAGCUUAGCAGGCAAGAAGAAGAACAAAUGGCAAGAGAAUUCAAGGAGGGAUUUGAUGCUUUUGAUCCUGUAGAUUGAUUUAGUAGAACCCUUCUUCUGGUAAUUACUCGUUUAACCAAGAUCUCCAACAAGGAUUUCUGAUACCUAGCCAUCUUCAAAGUUCUUGUACAGAAUUUUGAGAUAGAUAUGACUUUCCCAUUUUAUUCACCAUCAUUUGGUUUUAGAUGUCAUUAGUUGUUGACUAAAUGUUUGAGCCAAAAUCGAUUUAUGUAUUCCAUCAUCAUUUAACACGGGCCUUGCAGUUUAUCAUAAAGUUAAUUUAGUGGUGCCUAUUAUUGUUAAA